AUGCUGCAGCUGCGGGACGCGGACGAGUCCGGCCCGGCCGGCGGCCCCGGCAGCCCCGGCAGCCCCGGGGCCGCCACGCUGGUGCCGGGGGGAGCCGGGCCGCCCUUCGAGCCCGCGGCGCCGCCGGCCCGGCAGACGCUGCGGCCGCUCAGUGUGCGCACCGCGGGCCGCGCCGGCCGCCUCCGCCAGUACUUCGUGUUCCGGCCCGGAACCAUCGAGCAGGCGGUGAGCGAGAUCCGCGUGGUCGUGCUGCCCGCAGAGGACGGGGAGGUGCAGAGCGUGUGGCUGCUCACCGAAAUCGAUCACUGGAACAACGAGAAGGAGCGCCUUGUCCUCAUCACAGACUGGUCCCUCCUGGUCUGCAAGUACAACUUCAUCAGCCUGCAGUGCCAGCACGUCACCAGGAUUGCCCUCAGUGCUGUGGACACCAUCUCCGUGGGGGAGUUUGUGUUCCCACCCAAAUCUCUCAACAAGAGGGAAGGCAUUGGCAUCCGCAUCCAGUGGGACAAGCAAAGCCGAGCCUCCUUCAUCAACAGGUGGAACCCCUGGUCCACCAAUAUCCCCUACGUGACCUUCACCGAGCACCCCAUGGCUGAUGCUGACGAGAAGAUCUCCUCCCUGUGCCGGCUGGAAAACUUUCAAACCCAGCUGAUCCAGGCUGUGAAGAAAGCCCACAAGGAGGGCCCAGUGCCAGGAAGUGCUAAUGGGGUGUUGGUGCUGGAGCGGCCCAUCCUCAUCGAGACCUACCUGGGACUCAUGUCCUUCAUCAACAACGAGGCCAAGCUGGGCUACUCCAUGACAAGAGGCAAAAUUGGAUUUUAAACCCCCUUGUGUGUCACCUGUUCAAGGGCAAGGUGAAUGAGCUGUGGUGUGUUCUGUGUCCCAGAGCCUGCUCUUCCCAAGUCCAUCAAGUGCCACUGGAACCUGCUGAAACCCCCAGAGCACAGCAGGACCUUGGUGCCACGGCCCUGCUGUAUCCCUGUGUACGCUGUCAAAUCCUGUCGUGUGCUUGGGACUCCCUUGUGUUGUUUAAGAGGAAUUGCUGUUCCAAUCACCAUGAUCUCAGAGCUCUGAUUAAUGCCUGUUAGGAAUUUUCAAAGCUGUCAGUCAGUCUUUAGCAGUAUUUGCUAGCUUUUGCUAAAGCUGCCACUGUUCCACCUGCUCAGCAGCAGUUUGUGAACUCAAUAUGCAUUUCUGAGCUUCUUGUAAAAAUCCCUUUAAGAACUUACUGGAACUUCCUCUCUACUUCUGUUUCUUUGCUGCAGCCACAGAAUAAAGACUGUUGUGAGAGAAGGUUGCCAAAAGCCUCACAAACCCAUUUGCCUUCAAAGCUGUUCUUUGUAGAACUGAAAAGGAAUUCUAUUUUGGUUAGAUUGAUACUCUUAGCCAUUUUUCUUAAAUCUACUCUAGUUUGGGCCAGGACUUUUUAAUGGAGACAGAGAAAAUUUUCAGCACUGUGUGUCAGCCUUGAUUCAUACAUUCCUGCACUGAACCUCUCAUCCAGGGAUGAAAUUCAGGAGAGAUUACAGCUGUAAUUGCUCAGGAGGUGACUCUAACAAGCUUUUUCCUUGUGCAUGACGUUCUCUCCAUGCUCUUUCCUCAGAGCUGGAUGAACACUGUGCCACAGUGGUUUUGAUCUUAAUGUAGGUGAGUGUUUGUGAGACUCCUGUUGCAGUCAGUCCUGACUCCAGCUUUCCAAGCUUCUCCAUGUGUUUUCUAAGUUACCUGUUCAAUUUUCAUUAACCUUGCAGUAAAGUUAAAAUUUCAACUCUUA